UGGGUUGAAAAAGCCAGAAAUGAGGUAGGCUUGUGCCCAAGGCAUCGCGGUUUUGAGAUCGAGAUAGUGGGAACUCAUUCAGUUCCAGUCAUUUGACUGCUUGGACCCCGAAUGUCCCUCUGUCCCCCAGAGCCCAACGUGGUGUUUGCCAAGGAGCAGCUAGCACAGAGUGUGGUGCAGGCUGAGGUGGGGACCCGUGCCACACUGAGCUGUGAGUUGGCGCAGGCCCAGAUGGAGGUGGUGUGGUACAAGGAUGGGAAGACGCUGAGUGCAAGCCAAAGGGUGCGCAUGGAGGCCACGGGCCGUGGGCGGCGGCUGGUGGUGCAGCAGGCGGGCAAAGCGGAUGCUGGGGGAGUACAGCUGUGAGGCUGGU